CCUUUCGGCUGCUGUGUAUCUCAGUGGUGCUUCAUUUGUGACAAUUGAAAAGAUAUUUGCAGCUAUGAAGUUACAUCUUUUCAAGUACGACACCUUUCGUCGCCAUGCACGAAUGUGCAUUGAGCCUGCUAUUGUUUACAAAUGGAGAAACUGGCAGGAUGAGAUGCUACAGCUGUUAGCUCAAAGGGGAAAGGUCAUUGUUGGAGGAGAUAUGAGGGCUGACUCACCAGGGCACUCUGCCAAAUAUGGCAGUUACACAAUGAUGGACCUGGAAACAAACACCGUUGUUGAUGUACAACUCGUCCAGAGUAAUGAAGUGGGAGGAAGUUACCACAUGGAAAAGGAAGGUUUGACGAGAGGUCUUGACUUUUUGGAUACUCGCGGUGUGACUCUGGACUGCAUUGUGACUGACCGACAUCCGCAAAUACAAAAAUUCCUCAGGGAACGCAAUGUCAACCAAUUCUAUGAUGUCUGGCGCAUAGAGAAAGGAAUUUCAAAGCAGCUGGAAAAAGUGUGCAAGUUGAAGGGUUGUGAGAAAGUACGUGAAUGGUUGCAUAGUAUAAAAAACCACAUCUAUUGGACUGCAGCAUCAUCAAGCAGUGGACCUGAAAGAGUUGCCAAAUGGACGUCUAUGCUAAACCAUAUUCAAAAUAAGCACACACAUGAAGACAGCAAUUUUCCAGCAUGUCUACAUGGAACAAGCAGAAGUCGAGGCACAAAAAAGUGGAUAGCUGCUGGAACACUGCCAUAUCUCAAGUUGGAGAGAGUUCUCUCCAACACCAGAAUUUUGAAGGAUGUUGGCAAGCUAAGUCCACACUACCAGACUUCUUCUAUCGAGGUUUUCCACAGUGUAAUACUACGGUUUACACCAAAAAAUGUGGUAUUUCCAUUUCUGGGAAUGUUGUGCAGUCUAUACCUCGCUGCACUACAUUACAAUGAGAAUGCCGGGCGUCCUCAAGCCACAACAGCAUCCGGUCUACGGGUGUUCAAAGUGACCUUUCCAAAAGCCAAGAAGGGAGAAUACCGGGUCAGAGAAGUAAAGACACAAGCAACCUUCAGAUAUGUGGAUGACCUGCUGGACCUCAUAUUUGAUAAGGUCUUCGUGGAUCCUGCACCAUAUGUGGAUGAUGUUUUGAGGAUUCCAAUACCACCAGCAUUGUGUGCAGAGUAUGACCGGCCAGAGAAGGAGGAGGCCAUCUCUAGUAGGUUAUCUCGGUUUAAUCAAUAGGUGGUCGAAAACCUACAUAACUGCCCUGUGCAUCAGGAAACUCUCUUCGAAUCCUCAGGACCACACAGGCUGGAAUCACAACUCGAAUUUUUCGUCCAAGGAAACCCCAGCACCAGCUCACAAAACUCCGAUAAGCUAAAAAUCUGUAACGGCUAACACAAACACACACACACACACACACACACA